CCAGUCGAUGUACGAGAUGACUUGUGAGGAAUCAGCAACGCCGCCGCCACGCAGCAAACCGGGGGGCCAUGGGGGCUCAGGUGUUCGCAAACGCAAGGGGAGCAGAGCAACUCCGGCUGGUCCCGAACAGGGCACGGUUACCACGGACAGCAAUGGCACGAGCUGCACCGUUGACGCCAACGGGACCCCGUCUACCUCAACACACGGCCUCGAGAACAGCACCAGAGCCCGCUGGCAGCCACCUCGCGCCGAAGGUUAUCAGAGCGUUUGUACGAUUCUACUGGUCACCGUGCUGUCGUUUGCCACGCGGUUUUACAAGCUCAUGGAACCUGAUCACGUAUGCUGGGAUGAGACGCACUUCGGCAAGUUUGCCAGCUACUACAUCAACAGAACCUUCUUCCUGGACGUGCACCCCCCCCUCGGGAAGAUGCUAAUUGGCCUGAGUGGAUACCUAACCGGCUACAACGGCUCGUUUCCCUUCACCAAACCGGGAGACAAAUACGGAGGACACCACUACGGGGGGAUGAGAGCGAUGUGUGCAGGUUUCGGCACGUGUGUUCCGCUCUUCGCCUACCUGACGGUUCUAGAACUCUCUGGCUCCACGUCAGCUGCUCUCAUCACAGCCUCUCUCCUCAUCUUUGAUACAGGCUACAUCACUCUCUCCCAGUAUAUCCUCCUGGACCCCAUAUUGAUGUUCUUCAUCAUGGGUUCCGUGUUCUGCAGCGUCAAGUUCUUCUCCCUCACACACAGGCCCUUCUCUCGGCCCUGGUGUGUGUGGAUGCUGCUGCUGGGCGUGUGCCUGGCGGGGGCGGUCAGUGUGAAGUUCCUGGGCCUCUUCGUCGUGCUAUUGGUCGGACUCAACACCGCCGCGGAACUCUGGGGGCUGCUGGGAGAUAUCACACUCUCACUGGCGGAGGUCUGUAAGCAGGUGUGUGUGCGUGUGUGUGGUCUGAUCCUGUGGCCCCUCCUCCUCUACCUCCUCAUCUUCACACUCUCUAUCAAGAUCCUCAAUAAGAGUGGUCCAGGUGAUGGCUUCUUCAGCUCCUCCUUCCAGUCCACGUUGCUAGGCAACAACCUGCACAACGCAUCCAUGCCUGAAUAUCUGGCCUAUGGUUCGGUGGUGACGCUGCGUAACCAGCGGAUUGGACAAGGCUACCUGCACUCACACGCCCACGUCUACCCCGAGGGGGUAGGGGCACUGCAACAGCAGGUGACGAUGUAUUCACAUAAGGACUUCAACAACCUGUGGCUCGUCAAGAGGGAAGUAGACGAUCCGGCCGCGCCCCCUGACCUCAUUCGCCAUGGAGACGUCAUUCGCAUGGAGCACAAAGAGACCACUAGGAAUCUCCACAGUCACGUGAUGGAGGCUCCACUCUCCAAGAAACAUCAUCAGGUCACCGGCUACGGAUCAAAUGGCACGGGUGAUGAUAACGACCUGUGGGUGUUGGAGGUGUACGGAGGUCAGAGGGGCGACCUUGUCAAUGUCAUCCGCAGCAAGAUCCGCUUCGUACACAGGAACACCGGCUGCAUCCUCUUCACAUCAGGAAAACAGCUGCCCAAGUGGGCGUGGGACCAAGGAGAGGUCACGUGUAAUCCGUACCACAAGGACACACCCAGCUCACUAUGGAACAUCGAGGACCACAGCAACCCCAAACUGCCCAACAUCAGCCUGUCGGUGUUGAAGCCUUCCUUCCUGGAGAUUCUCAUAGAGUCGCAUAUCGUUAUGUUCAAGUCCAACAGCGGCCUGAAGCCCAAAGAAGACGAAGUGACAUCACAACCCUGGCACUGGCCAAUCAACUACCAGGGUAUCCGGUUCUCUGGUGUGAAUGAGACGGACUACCGCGUCUACUUUCUUGGCAACCCAGUGUUGUGGUGGUGUAAUCUGGCCUGUCUGGGUGUGUAUCUGGUGAUCGUGGUCUUGGCUGCUUCCGCGCUACACAGAGGAUGCGACAUGGACACCAAGCGACACGGGCAUGCGUGUGUGUUGACGGGGGGAGGCGUGAUGCUGUUUGUGGGCUGGCUGCUGCACUAUCUGCCCUUCUACGCCAUGGGAAGAGUUCUCUACUACCACCACUACUACCCAGCCAUGCUGUUCAACACCAUGAUCACAGGUAUAACGCUCGACUGCCUGCUGCAGAAUGUGGACCUGCUGUUAAAGCCCCCCCAUGCAGACUGGGCACGGAGGGGGGGGCAGGGGCUAGUGGCAGCAGUCAUACUCUACAGCUUCUACCUGUUCCACCCGCUGUCGUACGGAAUGCAGGGACCCCUGGCACAUCAGGAGGGAAGCCCCAUGCACAACCUCCGCUGGAUGGAAUCAUGGGAGUUCUAAUGGAAUCAUGGGGGAGUUCUAAUGGAAUCAUGGGAGUUCUAAUGGAAUCAUGGGAGUUCUAACGGAAUCAUGGCAGUUCUAAUGGAAUCAUGGCAGUUCCAAUGGGAGAGGGGGAUGAGGUAGAGAGAGAGAGAAAAAAGUCAAACAGGGAAAUGGU